AUGCCAGUCCCAAUUGCUUAUGCAGCCAGAAAUAACGGACAGCGAGGCCACGCCCCCAAUGCCGGCCGCUCCGCGCCGGCGCAGAGGAUUAUGCGGCAGUUGCGGCUGCCGCUGGAGGAGGUGGAGGUUGAUGGUGGUGUAGGCGCCAUGGCGGAUGGCGAGGGCUUGCUCUCCGUGGACUACGAGGUGUUCGGCAAGGUGCAGGGCGUUUUCUUCCGAAAGUACACUCAGGGGGAGGCUAAGAGGCUCGGCCUUGUUGGUUGGGUCCAAAAUACCAGCCAUGGCACUGUGCACGGGCAAGUUCAGGGCCCAGCUGCCAGGGUGCGGGAGCUGCAGGAAUGGCUCAGGAAGACGGGAAGUCCCCAGUCCCGCAUCAGCCGAGCAGAGUUCAGGAACGAGAAGAAGAUUGAGGCGCUGGAGCACGACAACUUCCAGAUCGUGAAUUAGGUUUGUCCAGGAAGAAGCAAAAUCUGGAUCAUGAGCUGCUCUCACAACACCUGUACUUAUUCAGGCAGUUUUAAUCUCUGGAGAACUUUUAUUUUAUUGAAUUUCUAAUUUAUUGGCUUGUUGUA